UGCUUUGUGCACUUUCUUCCAGUUAGUUCAGACUUUAUCCUGUCCUGGCAUUUGGGCUACCCCCUCUCUGCCUGGGCAUGCGGUGUUUGCCGUCCUCUAUCUUAUCUCGGGUUCUCCCAUUGUUUCAGGAACGACUACUCAAAGAUCAUUCACCAGAGGACCAACACCGUGCCCUUCGACCUGGUACCCCACGAGGACGGUGUGGCCGUGGCCGUGCGUGUGCUGAAGCCGCUGGACUCCCAGGAUCUGGGCCUGGAGACCGUGUACGAGAAGUUCCACCCGUCCAUCCAGUCCUUCACCGACGUCAUCGGCCACUACAUCAGCGGCGAGCGGCCCAAAGGCAUCCAGGAGACCGAGGAGAUGCUGAAGGUGGGGGCCACGCUCACGGGGGUGGGCGAGCUGGUGCUGGACAACAACUCCGUGCGUCUGCAGCCGCCCAAGCAGGGCAUGCAGUAUUACCUCAGCAGCCAGGACUUCGAGAGCCUGCUGCAGCGCCAGGACUCCAGCGUCAGGCUCUGGAAGGUCCUGACGCUGGUCUUCGGCUUCGCCACCUGUGCGGCGCUCUUCUUCCUUCUCCGGAGGCACUACCUGCAGCGGCAGGAGAGGCGGCGCCUCCAGCAGAUGGAGAACGAGUUCCGGGAGCACGAGGCCCAGCUGCUGAGCCGCGCCAAGCCCGAGGACCGGGAGAGUCUGAAGAGCGCCUGUGUCGUGUGUCUGAGCAGCUUCAAGUCCUGCGUCUUUCUGGAGUGUGGGCACGUGUGUUCCUGCGCCGAGUGCUACCGCGCCUUGCCGGAGCCCAAGCGGUGCCCCAUCUGCAGACAGGCGAUCACCCGGGUGAUUCCCUUGUACAACAGCUAACCGUCCUAGAGCCCCAGGCGGGAGGUGAGGGGACCCCCCCUCCCCUUCUCAGGAAUUUUCGUCUCGAGGCCUUUAGGAGAGCAGAGUGGUGGGGGCAGCGGUUAUCCCAGCUGCGACCGAGGGAGGUGACCGGGGGAGCCAUCCCGGUGUCACACCUCCAACACUAGGAUGUUGCCUUGCCACCGUGAAAGGGGAUCCUUCUGCGGCUGGCUGAGACAGCCCCACCCUGGGGUGGGUGUGGUGGCCUGGCGUUCCUUCCUGGAACCGGCUGACUGUGUGUGUGACUGACGACACCUCAUCGCUUAAGGGCCCAAGCUGGUGAUGUCCAGCUCUUCUGGUCCUUUCUGGGGAAUUGCUGGUUCCUGUGGACUUGAACCUUGAGUAACUUAGCCAGCAGGGAGGCGAAGUCGGACUCUCGCGGAGCUGUCUCUGAAGAGUCGCCCGUGACGAGACUGUCACAGUCUUUCUUCCUUUUG